CGUCCACGUGUCACCUCCCCCCAAAACCUCCGCCUCCUCUCGCUCGUCGCCGGCCAUGCCCCUCUGACGAGCUCUGCUCGGCCACGGACCCAUGAAGGCCUCGCUCAAGCUCCGCGAGGACGGGGCGGCGCCGCUGCUCCGUGCGAAGCUCCCCGUGGCGCUCUUCUCGGUCCCCGCCGUGGCCUCCCUCACCGCCGGCGACCCCGCCGACCUCCGCCUCUCCCUCGCCACCGCCGUCCCGGCGCUCCCCUCCCUCCGCAUCUCCUACGCGCCCAACCGCCCGUCCUCGCCGCUCUCCCUCGCCCUCGUUCUUGGCUCCGGCCCCGGCGGCUGCCCCUCCCCCGCCGCCGCCUCAGCCAUCACCAUGGCCGCCGAGGUCAGCGCCGCCGGCGCCGUCUCCUUCUCGCUCGUCCUCAAGCCUUCGCUGGGGGACUUCGCCGUGCGCAAGCGGUUCGACUCCGCCGGCUCCGCGCCGACGUCGGCUGCGGCCGCCGCGUCGGGGUCGGAGGUGACGAUGAGGAGUUCCAUCCCGGUGCGCGGCGGCGCCGCGGCGGUGAGCGUCCGGUGGGGGGUGAGGAUUCCCGCCGAGGUGACCGCCGGCGGGGAGGACGGCGCGGCCGCGCUGGCGCUGCGGAGGCUGCCGUUCUUGGUUCUUGGCAAGAUAGCCGUGGAGAGGCAGCCGCCGCCGCCGCCGGCGAGCAGAGCCAUGGCGCAGGAGGAGACGUCGGUGGAGAAGACGAGGAGGGAGAACGAGAGGCUGAGAAAGGAUCUGGACGAGCAACGAGCAGCCGCAACGGACAAGAUGACAUCGGCGAGCACGGUGGCGGCCGCCGCAGGCCGCCGGAGCAGCGGCUGGAGGUCGCCGGAGAUGGCUGGCGACCGCAAGGCCGUUGAUGCGGGCCGGUGAUUCUUAGCCAUUCGAUUCACUGACGAAUGUAUCAGUGAGGUGAACUACUCAUAAAUCUGAAGAAACUGUACAAAUGUAAAAUGGACAUGAUGGUUCAGAGGAAUUCGAUCAUGUUCAGAUGUCUAAUUUUGUUUGUGCAAUGGUGCAUGACGAAAUCGAGUCUCGAGUCCAAGAUGUUACAAAAGGAGAGAAAAAAAUGUGUCAAAUGGUAUACGCAAGCAAUGUAACUUUGAAUUUUUGGAAUAUAAAAACGGGCCAGGUAUCAUGCAUUUUUCACUGAAA